AUGAAUCUAAAAGGAAUAGAAGAUGAAUAUGCAUUCCAAACAAGAUUGGGGUCUGGUGCAUUUGCACAGGUAUUUAGAGCGGUACAGAAAAGCACUGGAAAUAUAGUGGCUGUAAAGAUGAUAGAUCCACCACCACCUCAAAAUGAAUCAUUUAUUUAUAUGAUUAUGGAAUGUUGUGAAGGAGGAGACUUUUCAAAGUACAUUAGAAAACAUAAACGAUUGACAGAGGAAAAAGCAAAAUACUUUAUGAGACAACUAGCCAAUGGUUUAAAGUUUCUUCGAAUGCGAGACAUUAUUCACAGAGAUCUCAAGCCACAAAACCUUCUCUUGAGCGAUUCAGGUGACUCACCAACACUCAAGAUUGCUGAUUUUGGCUUUGCUCGUUUUAUCGAUGUACAAUCAUUAUCUGAUACAUUCUGUGGUUCCCCUUUAUAUAUGGCACCAGAAAUAUUAAAUAGAAAAAAUUAUACAGUCAAAGCAGAUUUAUGGUCAGUUGGUGUUAUUUUAUAUGAAAUGUUGGUUGGAGAACCACCAUUGAAUUGCAAUACUGUAGUGGAUCUCUUGCACCAACUCGAAAAGAAUACAAUCAAUAUACCUUCACAUAUUCAACAGACCAUCAGCAAAGAAUGUCAGGAUCUCUUGCACUCACUCUUACAGACAAAUGAAAUGAAUCGAUUGUCUUGGGAGGACUUUUUCCAACAUCCAUGGCUUGGAUUCUCACAAUCCAUUCCUCAAUUUAUUUAUCAGCAACAAAAACAACAAUACCAACAACAACCUUAUCAACAACAACCUCAUCCUCACUCUGCACCUACCACCAAUCCAAUUGUUUCAUUAUCUCCAGUUGAUAAUAAUGUAUAUUAUCCAAGUCAUUAUCAACAACAACAACAGCAACCCCCAUUUCAGCAAAAAGGUUAUCCUCUUCAACAACAACAACAGAAAAUGGGAGGAGGAAAUAAUUAUAAUAAUCGAGAUAGAUCUUUAAAUAGAUCAAAAUCAUUUACAGAAAAUAAUAAUUAUGUUUAUAAUAUUAUUCAACAACAAUCAAAUCAACAACAACCUCUUGCACCACCAUCAUCCAAUACAUUAUUAAAAAUUAAACAAUCAUCGACAUCAUCAUUGGAUUUUGAAAAAAGUUGUGUAAUUAUGGAUGAUGAGGAAUAUAUCAAUGCUUUGGAUACGACGAGCAAGAGGGCAUUGGCGAUUGCCGAGUUGGGUGAUCUAAGACAAAUCGAACCAAAUGAAUGUAUUAUAUUGUAUACAAAAGCACUAGUGUUGAUAAAGAGCAAGUUACAGACAAACUCUUCAAAUAAUCAUUGUUUUGGAUCGUCGAAUCUUUACAAGUUCAAUUCAGUGAUGGAUAGAAUAGCAGACAUUUAUAACGAGUAUUAUGGUAAAUUGUUACGAUUCAAUGAAAUUUAUAAUGCAAAGUCACCUUCUACAAUAGCCACCACUACCACCGCAGCUUCAUCAGCCUUGUCAACUUCUUCAAACAACUCUGGCAUUCAAAAUACCAACAACAACAAUAACAACCCGACUACUACAAAUACUAGUAUUCAUGCACAAUUGUUGGAGCAAUCAUCAAGUCUUUCAUCGACUGGGUCAAACUUUUCACCAAACAAAUACAUCUAUGAAACGGCACUGGAUAUGGGUAAAAAUGGUGGUCUCGAGGAAAUGUACAGAGAUUAUCAAAAGGCAUUGCAAUACUACAACGAUGGUUUAAUUCUAUUGGAUUAUUUAUUAUCAAUAGCGAUUGAUUCCGAAGACAAGGAUGUUUUAAUGAAAUACAUUACAUCUUUUAAAAUUAGAAUUGAUAAAGUCGUUGAAAGAACAAAUAGUAAUAGUAAUAAUAGUGGUACAACAACAACGACGACAACAAUGCAACAUCCAACAUUUUCAAAUUACAAUAAUAAUUCUUCUCCUGUACCAAUUACAUUUUAA